AUGGACGUUGCAAGUCAAGCAAUCAUUAUCCACACCCUUUCUAAAUAUCGUGUGGAUAUCGCUUGCCUGUCGGAAGUCCGUCUUCCUCACUUCGGGUUCCGAGUAAUUAUUAAUCCAGGGUCGGAUCAGAGAUACUGGCUAUAUCACUAUGGUGCUUCGAAUAACUCGGAACGAAAUGUCAAAUUUGAUAAGGCCCAUUCCGCUUUGAGUGGAAACCGUGUCUAUACUCCAAUUCUGUCGGUAGAUGAUCUGGAUAAAGAUAAAUUCUGCGUGGGACUUCAAUUGUUAACAAAAUCUGUACCGAAACACAUAAUCACAAUCGAGGGAGAUUGGAAUGCGCACGUAGGUUAUGAUGCCGUUACGAUGAACUCAGCUAAACUUAACCAAGAGGCGCCAUUUGUUGCUUCUAAUGUAACUGAUGCGUUCGCUGAACCAUAUGCUUGA